UAAUUACGGAAUUUAAAGGGAUCAUGGAAAAUAAAAAAACUGCUGGCGUUUCCGUACAAGAAAAGAACCAGGCGUGGAGUAAAAUUCCUGCGAAAUUUAAUACAGCUUGCCUUGAAGGGACGCAUCGAACAAUGGACUUGAAAAAGCUAUUUGACAAUAAAAAAAGGGAGCUGCGGGAACAGAAGGCAGAAAUACUUUAAACUGGUGGUCGGCCUUCACAGAGAACUGGUAAUACAUCCCAAGAUUUACUCUUUUCCAUAGUGGAUCCACUCACUGUUGUUGGUGGAACAACUUCAUAUGGGACAGGCAGCAGCUUUCUGCUUUAUGAGAAAAAUCAAGACCCCUUGGAAUAUGAAGUAAGGGCCAUUGAACAUGUAGGUCCCAAUGAAGAUCAAAAGGAAAACGAAAUGGAUACCUAUGUUUGAUGAUGAUCAGGUCAUCACUGAAUCAUCACAAUUGAUGGAAGAUGGGAAUCAAGAAAACAAUUCCAGGAGUAUGGAGCAACUAGCAGAUAUAUCAAGGGGAUGGAAUAAAGGGUCAGAUUUGAAAAAACCUGUUUCAGCACAAUUGAGGCGAUCUAUCAGUCAACCAGCACAAAGUGAUAAGGCUGAAAGCCAAGCAAGCAAACGUGCUAAUACCUGCAAGCCAUCAAAUCGUAGAGGACCUACUGAGACAGUCAUAAGGUCACUGUCAUCAAACCAGCUCGCUGAAAAAUACAACUUGUUGGUUGAUAAAAAGGAUGUUAUUGCAGACCAUGCUCAGAAGAAGCUCGAACAAGACUUGAACAUGAAUUAUGUGUACAAACGUUAAAAUAUGACAUAGAAAUUAAAAAGAGUCAAUUAGACUCAUUAAGGCCCGAGGCAGAAUGACACAUGAUUUUCAAGACUAUUUUAUUAAUGGUUUUUUGUUUUUUUUUUGUAUUCUAUACCUGUUUUUUGUUUGAAAAAUGAGAUUUAACUCUUAAGUACCAAAGUGUUAUUUUUGUUACAUAAGUAUCUACAGAUGUAACUAGGCUAGACCACAACAAUUUUACUCAUCAAGAACAGUUGUUUCUUCAUAUUCUACUUAAACAAAUGUUGCUAUGUCUUAAUAUAUUGUUAUUUUAAAAAUAAAACAAAAUUUACAUUUACUACUAAUUACAAAUAUUAAUAUUGGUCAUAAUUUUUGGAAAUAUAAAACUGUC